GUAUUUGAUCCUGAUGACCUUUAUUCAGGGGUCAACUUCUCCAAGGUUCUGAGCACUCUUUUAGCUGUCAACAAAGCAACAGAAGAUCAGCUCUCAGAAAGACCAUGUGGACGUUCCUCUUCUCUUAGUGCUGCUAACAGUUCUCAGACAAACCCGCAGACAACAGUUGUUAGCACAGCCCCAGGCCUGCAGAGGCAGUCAAAGGCGGUGGAGAUGACAGAAAAUGGAAGCCAUCAGUUGAUAGUAAAGGCAAGAUUCAACUUUAAGCAGACUAACGAAGAUGAACUGUCGGUUUGUAAAGGGGACAUCAUUUAUGUCACCAGAGUGGAAGAAGGAGGCUGGUGGGAAGGCACAUUAAAUGGCAGAACAGGCUGGUUCCCUAGUAAUUAUGUCCGAGAAAUUAAAUCCAGUGCAGAGACCAGAGCCUGUUACUUAGUAGAUGGCAAUAAAGGAUUGUCUGAUGAUCUGGAACAGUUCAUGGAAAGUCAAGGUGCAUCCAGCCCAGGUAUCCUCAUUUUAACAACCAGCCUCAGCAAACCAUUCAUGCGACUGGAAAAGUAUGUUACUCUCUUGCAAGAGUUGGAACGGCAUAUGGAGGAUACGCAUCCAGAUCAUCAGGAUGUUCUGAAAGCAAUCAUAGCAUUCAAAACUCUCAUGGGGCAGUGCCAAGAUCUGAGAAAGAGAAAACAGCUGGAGUUGCAGAUACUCUCUGAGCCUAUUCAGGCCUGGGAAGGAGAGAGUAUUAAAACCUUGGGAAAUGUGCUGUUUAUGUCACAAGUAAUGGUGCAGCAGGGAACGUGCGAGGAAAAAGAGGAGCGGUACCUCCUGUUGUUCUCAAGUGUCUUGAUAAUGUUAUCUGCAAGUCCUCGGAUGAGUGGCUUUAUCUAUCAGGGAAAAAUACCAGUAGCAGGAAUGGUGGUGACUAGAUUAGAUGAAAUCGAAGGGAAUGACAACGCAUUUGAAAUCACAGGUAAUGUAGAGAGAACCGUGAUCCACUGCAGCAGCAACCAGGACUUGCAGGAGUGGCUGGAGCAGCUCUGCCGACUGAUCCGGGGGCCCGCCUCCUGCAGUUCGUUAUCCAAGACCUCGUCAUCAUCUUGCAGCGGUCAUUCCUCUUUUAGCUCUACCGGACAGCCCCGAGGACCCCUGGAACCUCCUCAAAUUAUAAAACCGUGGAGUUUAAGUUGUCUACGACCUGCACCUCCACUUAGACCAUCAGCAGCACUAGGUUAUAAAGAGAGGAUGUCUUAUAUCUUAAAGGAGUCUAGUAAGAGCCCCAAAACAAUGAAGAAGUUUCUUCACAAAAGAAAGACAGAAAGAAAGCCAUCGGAGGAGGAAUAUGUGAUUCGGAAAAGUACCGCUGCUCUGGAAGAGGAUGCGCAGAUCCUUAAAGUGAUCGAAGCGUACUGCACCAGCGCAAAUUUCCAACAAGGCCACGGCUCAAGUGCGCGCAAAGAUUCGCUCCCACAAGUCUUACUCCCCGAGGAGGAGAAACUCAUCAUUGAAGAAACCAGGAGCAAUGGCCAGACUAUCAUCGAAGAAAAGAGUCUGGUCGACACUGUGUAUGCCUUGAAGGAUGAGGUCAAAGAACUGAAACAGGAAAAUAAAAGAAUGAAGCAAUGCCUGGAAGAAGAAUUGAAAUCAAGAAGGGACCUAGAAAAGCUGGUCCGGAGGCUGUUGAAGCAGACUGAUGAGUGUAUUCGGGCCGAGUCCAGUAGCAAGACCUCCAUUCUUCCAUAACCAUCACUGUGCAGCUGGGCACACGUGCCUCCGGGGUUAUCUCAAAAUGUCCAGCUGAAUGAUUCGUUUGAUCACUUCCUUGGUUUUUAUUUUGUACCUGAGUUAGUCUUUCUCUCUCUCUCUCCCGCUCUCUCUCUUUCUCUGUCUUUCUGUUUGCUUGAGUGUUUGUUGUCGUUCGGUUAUUGGUUGUUUUCUUUUUGACUGGGGUAAAAGCGAGAGGUGGUGGUGGAAGUCUCCCCAGAGUCUUUUCCAUUUAAUAAGAAAAGGACAACUAGUAUAGGCAAAUGACUUAAAUGGUCUUCAGAUGGCCUUCAAUUCAUAGUGCCUCUUCACCAGCCAUUACCUUCCUCCCUGCCCCGCCCUGUCCCGUCACUCUUUUGGGGCUGGCUGCCAUAUCAGAGUGGCUGGCCAUGGCUUAGUAAAUGUGAACUUGACUUUUUCUCUCAUGCUUUCUUGUAUCUGGAAGGCCCUCAGUACCCAGUUUAAGGAGGGCAAAGCUCCUUGAGCUAUGACUAGGGUAGGAUGAAUGGAAGACUAGCACAUUUGCCCAGUGACCCAGCCACCCUGCCCUGACUAUCAUGUGCCACCCCUCAAUGCACACUUUUUAUUUUAAUUACUGCCCUGUGUUGUCUAUAAGGCCAAGAAAACAGUAGCACCCUUAUUCCUUUUGUGUGGGUUUACAUUUUAACUCUGUGGGGCAGAAGCUCCGGUCACCCCCGCCAGUACCAGACCCAUUAGCAAAUUGCACUAGACAAUCUUCCCCUUCAGCUGCAGAGUUGACCAUCCCUGCCCAGUGCAUGAUAGGUUUUCCCCCCUAACCGUCUGCCUCGUGUGUAAGUUUUCUAUUUCCCCAGUGCUUUCAGCCAACCGUACGAAGCGGUGUGUAAACUAGUAUGUGUGCACUUUGCUUACUUUUUUGAAAAUAUAGACUGUGAGCAGUUACUUCAUCUACAUUGCAUAUUCAACAUGUGACUUCUCAUCCUUUAAAACAAUCUGCAUUGAGGAGAUAUCGUGCCCUAGUAGACCGCUUUAAUUCACUCUAUCGCUCUGUGCAGUGAGAAGCUGUAAUAUUCAUCAGCCUCUUUGAGUAGGACUUGAAGCAUUAUUUGCAGAAAUGUGCUGUUGGUCCAGUUUGCAUAUCCAGAAAGAAGGGACCCCUCUAGUGGUCGUGUGCUGGUUGCUAGCGAAGCUCAGUAUUUGGAACUGGUCUACUAACGUUGCUCAUUGAAUCAAACGAUCACCUUUGUAAGUGUCUCCAAAAUUAGAACUGUGGUAAACCAGGUUUAGAAGAGGGUCCCAGAAGAACAAAACACAUCCAAAUUCGGCACAAAUGAAAGUCGGCACAAGGCUCCAGGACAGAGCAGUGCAACCUGCCCCUCUCUCUCCCCAAGACAGGUGCAAUUGGGCAGGUGGGGUAGAUCACUGGAAAGAGAGGCAAAGGGCCAAUGGACUGGUCAAGGUUGUCUACCAGAUACAUUUGAUGGGUGCCUAUAAAUGUGGGUUUUGCAAAUGGUGUUUAGAAACCACACUUGAAGCUUGAAUCCCCCAGCUUGCUAAGCUCUUUUUCUUUCUAGUAUUGGGGGGGGGGUCUCAAGUUCCCAUAGCUACACGGUACAGGGCUAUUGACUGCUUGCUGCACAGGAAGGGCUCCCCACAGGAAGAGGAUGAUUCCACAGUCCGCCAUCAGCCAACCACACACAGCCAUCUUUGGAAGCUCAAGAGUGAAGAAGAUUUCUAGAAAUGGCUGUUGUUCUGUUUUUAAGCCCAACAGCUUAGAUAUGCCGUCCUUCACCUAAAAAUUAACAACAACCACACAGAUCUGAGCAUCUGCCCCGCCUGUGGUUAAUCAAUGGCUUGAAGUAAAUGCGCAAACUACAUCCAUAGGGAACAUUUUUGUGAUUACAAAAUAGUUGAUAAGGUAUAGGAUUGCUUAUAAUAUUGAAAGGUCUUUAUUUUAAAGCAACGUGUACAUAUGCAUGUUUUUGGAACUUGGCCCUUCUGAGGAGAGGCCCUCGGUACUCAGAGUGGUGUCCGCGCUCACAUAUUAAGCAGUAAUGUAAAGGAAAUGAAGCCAUGUUAACCCGAGAGCAGUGUCUCCAUAGUUGUGUUGUUUACAACACUCUGUAAGUGGGUUCCUGUUACCCUGUAAUUAAACUGCUGCCCUUAGAGGCUUUUUACUUCCUCUUCUGUCAUGUCCCUUCUUACACAAGCUCAAAUUUUCUAACUUGUUUUUAUUUUGAAGACUUUUAAAAUGGACAUUUUCAAUAAAUAAGAAUAACAAUGCUUUA